AUGGAGCAGCAAUUCAUCCAUUUCGGCGCCACCACCUCCUCCACCAGCAGCUUCUACAGCACACCCACGCCCACGCCUCCUCCUCCCGAACAAGCUCAAGCUGCUGCAACCUUGGCCUCCUCCACCCCCGACUACCACACCAGCUCCUCACCCAUGUCGUCGGCCUUCGACAUGGGCGACACCGACGACAUGCACCUCCUCAACACCCUCCUCCUCCACAUGUCUGGCUCUGGCACCGCUGCUUCUUCCCACCAUUACGCCUUCGACCUCCACAUGGACGUGGACGUGGAGCCUUCCUCCUCUUCAACAAGCUCCUCCUCCUCUUCCUACUCCUCCUCCGACCACCACCACCAGCAGCAGCAGCAGGGGAUGCCAGCCACCACAACUGCUAAGCGCCGUGCACCGCAGCAGCUGCACCCCGCGGCCACCAAGGGCCUCAUCGGCGUGCGCAAGCGGCCCUGGGGCAAGUUCGCCGCGGAGAUCAGGGACUCCACCCGCAAGGGCGCCCGCGUCUGGCUCGGCACCUUCAACACGCCCGAGGCCGCCGCCAUGGCCUACGACCAGGCCGCCUUCUCCGUGCGCGGGGCCGCCGCGGUGCUCAACUACCCCGUCGACCGCGUCCAGGAGUCGCUCCGCACGCUCGCGCUCCGUCCCGACGUGCCGGGAGGCUCCCCCGUCCUGGCCCUCAAGCGCCGCCACUCCAUCCGCAAGCGAUCCCCCAACAAGGCCAAGAAGACUGCUACUCUUCUGGCGCCCACAAAGAUGAUGAUCAACGACUCCGCGGCCGCGCCGGUGCAGCAGCAGUCGGCGGCGGCAUGCGCGGGCGUGGUGGAGCUGGAGGACCUUGGCGCUGACUACCUGGAGGAGCUGCUCCGGGUGUCCGACGAGCCGUCGGCUUCAUCGACCACCAUGGUGAUGGGGGCCUUUGAUCAUCAUCACCAUCACCAUGUCGACGACCAAUCGGCGCUCGCCAACACGGCGCCCAUGCUGUUCCCUCAUUGCUAG